AUGUUCGGUCGCCGUCAUCGCCCAACCACCACUACCACUCGGGAGAGCAAGCCCUCCUUGAUGACCCGACUAAAGGGCCCUAAUGCCCGCACCAGAACUAUCAAGACCAAGACUACGACCACCCGCCAUGGCCCCUCAUCACAUCACCAUAGCACCAAGCGUCAUUGGGGUAAUUCUUCACCUCGACAUCACCACAAGCGCAAAGUGACUAUGGGUGACAAAGUGUCGGGCGCUAUGCUGAAGUUGAAGGGUAGUCUUACUCGCCGGCCUGGAGUCAAGGUAAAUGUUAUUGAAUCCCAAAAGGACCGACAACGCAAAGAUACUAAUUUUGAUGCAUAG